CAUUGGUAUAAAUUCAAUGACAUUCUGUUGACAAUAACAGCCAUUCUACCACUCCCAUCCAGGAUAGCGUUAAUUUCACUUCUUAACAUUACCUAUAAUCAUGCGCGAAAUCAUCUCUAUCCACAUCGGCCAAGCUGGCGUCCAAAUGGGCAAUGCAUGUUGGGAACUAUUUUGCCAUGAGCAUGGCAUCCAGCCUGAUGGUCAGAUGCCCUCAGACAAGACCAUCGGAGGUGGUGAUGACUCCUUCAACACCUUCUUCAGUGAGACUGGAGCUGGCAAGCAUGUUCCCCGAGCUGUCUUUGUCGAUCUCGAACCGUCUGUUGUAGAUGAAGUCCGGACUGGAUCUUAUCGUGAGCUCUAUCAUCCACAGCAACUCAUCAGUGGGAAGGAAGAUGCUGCCAAUAACUACUCUCGUGGUCAUUUCACCAUCGGGAGAGAGUAUGUGGAUGAAACCCUUGAUCGGAUUCGCCGUUUGACAGAUCAAUGCAGUGGUCUCCAGGGAUUCCUAAUCUUCCGGAGCUUCGGAGGUGGAACUGGGUCUGGGUUUGCUGCUCUGCUCGAGGAACGCCUGUCAGUAGACUUUGGAAGAAAGGCUAAGUUAGAGUUCUCCAUCUAUCCUUCGCCGCUGGUUUCAACUGCCGUAGUAGAGCCGUAUAAUACGGUUCUGUCGACACAUACAACCCUCGAGCAUUCCGAUGUAUCCUUUAUGGUUGACAACGAAGCCAUCUACGAAAUCUGCAAAAAAAAAUUGGAUAUAGAACGUCCGACAUACCAGAAUCUAAAUCGCCUAAUAGCCCAAACUGUGUCCGCUAUAACCUGUUCUUUGCGUUUCGAAGGCGCCCUCAAUGUUGACCUUAACGAGUUUCAGACAAACCUUGUACCAUAUCCUCGCAUCCAUUUUCCGUUAUCUUGUCUCUCACCAAUCAUAUCCACUGAAAAAUCAUAUCACGAGACAAACACUGUGGCGGAUAUAACCAAGGAGUGUUUCGAACCUGGAAACCAGAUGGUGAAGUGCGACCCCCGUCAAGGAAAAUACAUGGCUUGUUGUCUCCUUUACCGUGGUGAUGUCGUCCCCAAGGAUGUCAAUGUCGCCAUCGCAAACAUCAAGACCAAGCGCAACAUCCAGUUUGUUGACUGGUGUCCAACUGGCUUUAAGGUCGGGAUCAACCACGAGCCACCAAUGAUAGUACCAGGAGGGGACAUGGCAAGAGUACAGAAGGCGGUGUGCAUGCUAAGCAACAGUACUGCUAUCGCAGAGGCUUGGGGACGCGUUAAUCACAAGUUCGAUCUGAUGUAUGCCAAGCGGGCAUUUGUCCAUUGGUUUGUUGGAGAGGGUAUGGAAGAAGGAGAGUUCUCUGAGGCACGUGAGGAUCUUGCAGCAUUGGAGAAGGACUACGAAGAAGUCGCCCAAGAGUCGACGGCAGACGGGGAAGAGCAGGAAGAAGAGGAAUAUUAAUCGCAGCUUGAUUGUUGCUGUAGGUUAGGUAGUUUAAUAUUUCACGAUAAAUGCAUUAACAUAGAAAUAUACAAGUAGGCUUAUCGAGUAUAACCACAUUUAAAUGUUGGCCACUUUAAAAAAUGAGAUUUACUGAAAGGGCUCAUGAUACACCCUAUGACAGGAAUAUUAUUCAAAACGAAAAUUUAAUCAAAGGGAUAGCCGAUUUAAAAUAGAUUUAUUUUGUUGUUCAUCCUCGGGUCCCAAUUUUGAAACGUUUUAGAAACGAAUGGGUGCACUUUAUAGUUUUCUAAAUUUUGUCGACAUGUGAAGCAUGUAAAUAGAUGAUUGGACAGAUAGAUAGAUAGAUAGAGAUAGAUAGAUAUAUAUUCAAUUCAAUUCAAUAACUAUAGUUAUUGAAUAGAAUUGAAUUUAUUCUCAUACUUCACAAGAUAACAAAAUAAUAACAUAAUACAAGAAAUACAUUUGGUUACAUAGAAAAUACAAAGAUAAUGGCAGUAAAUAAAGUGAAAUAUGAAGGAACCUGCAUGAAAAGCAGAGCUUGUAGUGUCUGCAGGUUCCUUAAAGUAAUUAUGAAGUUCGUAAGGAGAUCGGACACUAAAGAAGAAUUAGACAAUAAAGGAAAAGCCAAACAGCGCAAAAUCAAGGAGUAAAGAAUUAGAGGAAAAGUGGACAAUGUGAAUAUAGGAGGGGGAUGAGCGAAGAAUGAAAAAAAAACUAUACCACAUUAUACCUCUAAAAAGGUACAAAUCAAAUACAUUAUAUAUAUUCAGCCAGUGCGUUUUAACGGUGUCCAUAACUGGACAAAAGAAAUGAUUUCAGUUUACAUUUGAACAUACUUAGAGAUAAGCAGCUAGUUAUUUCGCUUGGAAGAUUAUUCCAAAGGCUUGGUCCUUCGAAUACAAUUGUUCUUUGAACAAAUAACGUCUGAGUACGUGUAAGGUGAAAUGAGUCCCUUUGGCGGGUAGGGUAAGAAUGGAUGAGGUUGUUUCUUUGAAACAAGGAAGAAAAAAUUUCCAGUAGAUCAUCUUUUGAGAGUUGAAACAUGAAUGUACCCAAAUGAAAUUCGUAAAGAUCGUGAAUUUUCAGGAUUUUAUUUUUUAUGAAUAAUGGAUUUGUGUGUGCAUAAAAGUAAGAUUGGUUAAUUACUCUAAUUGCCCGCUUUUGUAAUUUGAAUAAAAUUUCUAAUACAGUCUUGUUUGUAUUACCCCAAGCCAAUAUACCAUAAUUUAAUGAGAGUCAUAUAUAAGUUAAAUAGUAUAUAAUCAGGGAAAAAAUAAUUUUAGCUUGCUUAAAAUACCAAUACUCCUAGAAGUCAAUUUACUCAAGUAA